GGGACUGGACACAGAGGGUCCAUCAAAGAGGAGAUUAGCCACCAGCCCCCAGAACACAAGGGGGUGAAGGAUAGAAGCCAUUUAAGGGAGAGUGAUUCUGAGGAGGAAGAGGAAGAGAAGGAAGAGGAUCACAGCUCCCAUGAAGAAGAUGAUGAAGGUUCAGAGGAGGGAGGAGAAGGCACCCAUCAUGGUAGCCUGGACCAGGAGGAUGAGGAAGACAAGGAGGAAGGUCAUGGCCUCAGCCUGAGCCAGGAGGAGGAGGAAGAAGAGGAGGAAAAGGAGGAGGAAGAAGAGAAGGAGGAGAGGAGGGAAGAAAGGAGGGUUUGGGUCCCACUGAGCCAAGACCACCAGGAGGAAGAAGAUGAGGAGGAGGGGCUGGAGGAAGAUGAGCUCCCCUUCACCAUCAUCCCCAACCCACUGGCCAGGAGGGAGGUGUCUGGAGGUGCCUCCAGUGAAGAGGAGAGUAGUGAGGACGUGGAUCAGCAGGAUGCCCAGGAGUAUGGGAACUAGCAGCCAGGGUCCCUGUGUGGCUACUGCUCCUUCUGCAGUCGAUGCAAUGAAUGUGAGAACUGUCACUGUGACGAGGAGAACAUGGGAGAGCACUGCGACCAGUGCCAGCACUGCCAGUUCUGCUACCUCUGCCCUCUGGUCCGAGAAACUGUCUGCACUCUUUUUUGGGUCAUAACUUCUGGACUUGAAUUAUACAUCAAACUCACCUUGACCCUCUUUGAACAUUCAAAUAAUACAGUUGAUCCUUGA